AUGAAUACAACGACCUAUAUCGGAGUCGGAGGUUGCAGAUCCUUAGCUUUCAGCAUCUCUUCUUUUGGAUUAUGGGAGAACCUAUAUUCGCCGUAUGUGGUGUUUGGCUACUCACUCCCUCUCUUGGAGAUUCAGAUAUUGCUUAUAUUCAUCUUCAUCAUCACGUCUCAUAUGUUCUUCAGAUUCAUCGGCAUUUCUCAAAUUGUGUCACACUUCAUGGCUGGUCUGAUUCUCGGGCCUCAGUUGUUCGAUCUUUUGGAGAAAUCCUCUGGAAAACUAUCGUUGGAUCCAGCUAUAAAUGAAAGCGCAGCGUUAAGAGGCGUCGGAGUGUGUGGAAACAUUAUGCUUACGUUUUUAAUGUCAGUUAGAAUUAGCCGUCGAUUGGCAUUCAACAGCGGUACGCUACCCAUCGUGAUCGGGAUCUUGACCUUCAUCGUGCCACUGUUUGGCGGCUUAUGUUUCAGGAACCUCUACACGGACAAUGUGGACCCUCACUACAUGCCACCAAAGAAAGUCCUCGCCGAACGCACUGUAAUGAUUUCAAGUCAAUCCUCUAUUCUUUUGCCCACGGUGACAUUUAUCUUGUUGGAGCUCAAGAUCCUUAACUCGGAGAUUGGUCGCCUUGUAUUGUCUGCAUCCAUGAUCAAUGACGUCCUCGGGAUAAUUGUAAGCAUACUCGCUUAUUAUGCAGGAACGUACAAGAACGUCUCUCCAGCAACAGCUUAUCGUGACUUUAUCGCGGUUAUCAUCUUCUUUUUGGUCGUCUUCUUCAUUUUUAGGCCGGCUGUAGAGUAGAUAGUACAACGCACACCGGAAGGCAAACCCGUGGCGGAUAAGUAUAUACAUGCUGCAGUUUUGACGGCGAUGGGCUCUGCCGCUUACUCCACGUUCUUCAAUAUGAAGUACCUCUUGGGACCAUUCACGGUCGGCCUCAUCAUACCAGACGGUCCACCUUUAGGAUCGGCCUUGGAAACAAAAUACUACGAUUUAACUAAGAACGUGCUAAUACCGAUAUCAAUCGCAUUCAGCACGAUGAGAUGUGACCUGAUGAAGAACAUUUAUGAGUUUAAUGACAUCAUGUACAACAUGUUUUUAUUGGUUCUAACGCUUUUUAUUAAACUUGAUGCUGGCAUUGCACCUUGUUUGUACUGCAAGUUACCAAUAAAGGAAGCCUUUGUCGUUUCCAUCUUAUUAUGCUGCAAGAGUUUCUCCGAAAUUUUUCUUUACGAGUCCACAUUUGACGAUUCGUAUAUAUCACAGGCAACAUACACGUUCUUGGUCGUCUAUGCACUACUAAACUCAGCGAUUGUUCCCGCGGUGUUACCUAGUUUGUACGAUCCAAAGCGAAAGUACAUAGGUCACCAAAAACGGAACAUUUUUAGUUUGAAACCAGACUCAGACCUUCGGAUUCUGACUUGUGUGCACAGACCUGAAAACAUAUCUGGGAACAUUGCACUUCUCCAGUUAUUUUCCUCCCCGAUUAUGGUCACGAUCCUCCACCUCGUGAAGCUCGUGGGUAAAAUCAUCCCGGUUAUGAUCGCGCACAACAUGAAAUCAAAUAACCAGAAGAAUAACUCUUACAUCCAUACCGCAAACCUUGCCUUCAGCCAGUUGGAUUCAGUGACUAUGACCAUGUUCACUGUCAUGACACAUGAGAACUUGAUGCACAAUGAAAUAUGCACGCUCGCGCUCGAUCAGAUCACGUCCAUGGUCAUCGUUCCAUCAGGGAGGAAAUGGACCAUAGAAGGGACGUUUGAGUCAGAGGACGAGGCCAUAAGGCGUCUCAACGUGUCACUACUAGACCAUUCGCCUUGUUCUGUUGGGAUACUUGUGGACCGUGGACAGUUUUCGUGUAGAGGCACAAGAAAGUACAAGAUUGAUGUCGGCGUGAUCUUCAUUGGAGGAAAAGACGAUCGAGAGGCAGUCUCUCUUGUUAAGAGGAUGAAGCUUAACCCUAGGGUUAAUGUAAGUGUGAUCCGAUUGGUCUCUAACCAAGAAACAGAGACGAUGAAUUGGGAACACAUUCUUGAUCAUGAGGUCUUAGAGGAUCUGAAAGAGACACAUGCCGCCAAUUGUGUUGCAUAUACAGAGAAGACUUUCACGGAUGGCCCUGAAGUAGCAAGCACCAUCAGAUUGCUAUCUAAGGAUUUUGAUCUUAUGGUGGUUGGGAGAAAUCACGGCAUGACAAUACCCGACUUCUCAGGACUGACAGCGUGGAUUGAGCUAUCGGAGUUAGGUGUUAUUGGAGAUUUGCUAGCUGCUAGAGAUCUCAAAUCUAGGGUUUCUAUUUUGGUAGUUCAGCAACAACAGACGUGA